AUGUCUUCCUUUCAAGCCGUCAAUACCAUCCUCACGGUUCCGGAUUCGCUGUCUAGGAAGGAUGAGAAUACUCCCACGACUCCUCGACCGCCGAAAUCCUCGUCAGAGGGACCGACCACGGAGACCCGAACUGACGACACCGCGAAAACACCGACCAGAGACACGUUCAACAACAACGCCGCACAACGACCCUUGACCGCCGAUGCAGCUCCAUACGGCGAAGCACCAGCCUCGAAGUUGAAACGGAACGUAUAUGAUUACGUCGGACCAGAGCCUGCCCUUAUUUCACGGGGCAACUCCCUUACUUCUCACCGGUCUCAUCAUUCCGAAGGGACUUCCGUUACAGCGCGCAGUGGCAGUCAAGAUGUCGAUAUGGAAGGGCAAACCGGGGAUGAUCCGGACUUGAAAGAACUCUCGGACGACGACGACGACAAAAGCGUCACCAGUGAUACGGCCCGACCGAACAAGAAGAAGAAAGGACAGCGUUUUUUCUGCACCGAAUACCCUCCGUGUCAACUGAGCUUCACCAGAAGCGAACAUCUCGCUAGACAUAUCCGAAAGCAUACAGGCGAACGACCUUUCCAAUGCCACUGCAGUCGCCGAUUCUCGCGCCUCGACAAUCUACGUCAACAUGCACAAACAGUUCAUGUAAAUGAAGCUAUCCCUGAUGAUUCAUUAGCAGCGACCGGUACUCGAUUCCAGCGUCAAAUCCGCACCGACCGUGUCCGUCCUGGCCCGGCGGGGAGAAGCAGAGCGAGCACGAUGGGUUCAGGGACGCAUUCACGUGGCCACUCCCGAAACCUGUCGACGUCGAGCAUCGCCUCCACUGCGUCGAGCAUGAGCAUCAACAUUAGUGGGAGAGACGACUCAAGAUUACGACCGGCCCCUCUUGCGAUGGCGAAUCAUGGAAUACGUCGCGCCCGUCUAUCACUUGAUACCUUUAAUCCGCAGAAUAUGCCACACUAUCCGCCAAACGCCAAACCCAACUAUGUCCCGGGUUAUGGGGGACAUAGCCCCAAUGAUUACAGCACGCCGACGUCUGCUACGUUUUCUACUGGCGCCAACUCGCCCCGUUUCUCUUCCGGCUUACAUUCCCCUGGUUCCCAGAUUCCGAGAUCAGUCGGUGCGUACGGAGCCAGGACACCCGGUCGACGAUUGUCCGUGCCUUCUGCCGGGAACCCUUUCCAAGGAAGUUCGACGUAUCCUCCCGCAUUCAUCAGUCCCGUUCCUUCGUCGGGUGCAUCGGGACAGGGUUCGAUCUUUGCCAGUCCGACCACUUCGGUUUUCUCUAGCCCCGGAAGAAAGGAGUCGGACGUCGAGGCGGAUCUCCGAAGACGAACGUGGCAUCCCAACUCAUACACUGGUCUGGGCCCAAGGCCGGCAACAAGUGGCGUGCAAAUGUAUCCAGGAGCACCCCAUGAGCCGAGGCCCUUAUUCGCCACACAGACUAUCGCUGCGCAGCAAGCACCUCUCCCCCAACCCCAGCCAUUGCAACCGCUUCAACGAGGACCGCCUCCACCUCUUCAGCCUGCCGUGCAGCUUCCGCAAGGAGCUCGGCAAAUCACUCGCCUCCCGGGGAUUGAAAGCUUCGACAAAGCGCCACCACAACCAAACUUCACCUUUCCUCCACGACGCCAGGCAAGUUCCCCCACGACAUCGUCUCAGCAGUUGCCCUAUCGACAGCCCAGCCCCAUGCAGAUCGAUAGUCCACCGCCACGACCAAUCCGUCAGAAUGCGUCCCCGACGCCGCAGGAACGAGCGGAGGAAUAUAAGAAUCAUCGAAUCAGCUGGGACUUGUCCAACCAGCUACAGAAAGGCAUCGGGCGGCUCGACCUCACCAGCGCCACGCCUCCCAUGGAGCCCAAACGGUUCUCCUUCACAUCGGCGGUGGAACAUCAUCGAACACGGUCGGAAGGGCAGCCGAGGGUUAGCUUUGCUCCGAACCCACGACCGGCCUAUCCGGCACCGGCGCCAGUGACUCCACGUCAUGACCAACCCGGGAGCCCCACGACUCCAACCAGUAAACGUAACAAAAGGAUGGGGUGGUACCAAGGCCCGGUGGAAAUGCAUCAGAAUCCAUCAUAUCCAUCCCCAUCCCAAGGACCUGAACAGAGAAAUAUAUCAAUCGCACCGGGUCCAACACCAUUUCCAGCUGAUACUCAACCCCAUGGACCAAACCCUUAUGGCCGAGAACCACCACCUCCUCCCCCUCCACCACCUCGGCAGCCGCCACAUCAGCAGCAGCUGCCACAUCAGCCGCCGCCGCAAUCGAAUCCCCUGCCUGACUCAGGUCAGGCAGCGCCGCUGACACUGCCGCGGAGUCUUCCAUUCAGCAACCAGCAGCAUUUAACCGCUCAGCAACAUUAUCGCACGUCUCCCGGAACGGAGUCGUCAUCCUCUGACAAUGGGUCGAUUCCAACCCCGUCUACCGGGAUGGGCGAUUGGAACCCGGCGCAUUCGAACGGCUUGCUUGAAACGGGGCCUCAGGGACUUGGGAUUAAACCCGAGAUGUCCAGUAGCCCGCCUCGACCGGACCUUCGUGGAUUGCAGGCUCUGGUCGCGGUGGCUACCGGAGAAGGGAGUAAGAUACGAGGAUAG